AUGGCGAAAGAGUUGAAGAUCAUCACGCCAAUUCAAAAUACAAUUUCCUCAUUUGUUGGUAAAGAGUGGGGAAUUAUUGCAAGUCAACUUCCAGAAUUGACAAACCCAGAGCAAUUGUUUCGUUUUGCUGUAAGUAUAAUAGCUGCAACUAUAAUUGGCGAGUUAAACAACUCAUGAUGAUUUGAGUUGUUGGUAACUAAUUUCAGCUACAGUUUUUAGUUAGCCAUUUCCCAAAGUCCUGAGUCUAGUCACGCAAAUCCCAUGUUGGAGGGGGACAAGAAAUAUGGCAGCAGACGUUUAAAUUAAAUGUUUAAUAUAAAAAGGAGAUGUUUCAUAUUUGGGCGUCUAAAAAGUUGAUUUUGAUAGUAGAUACUUCUACUCUUUCACAUAUUUGACGCCUACCACCAUAUAUUCUGUCCCUCCAAACGAUUACAGAAUGCACUGUGUCACUGUGAUCUCUUUUGGGAAAAGGCUAAUUAUCCGUAAUUAUAUUUUUCAUUUAGGGAAAGGAUCCAACUAAUUGCUUUUUUAAAAGCUAUCUUCAACUAUUACGUGACAGACUUGAUGGUAACCAGAUUGUUCAAAUCCCUUCUUCUAACACCUUCUCAACUGAAAGCAGACAUCAAGGCAUCAUUUGCAGAUGCGAAGAUCCACUAGCUGUUGAACAAAGCAUGUGUGGUCGCAAGGAUACUGGGUUUGCACUGGCAAUGUACACAAUCUGUGGCAUAAAUGGAAAUGAGGUAACAGGCACAUAAUUAUCUAUUACCGGCAUUUCACUGAGCAACCAGUUAUUAAGUUCAUGGGAGGCUAAAAUUGAACACUUUAUAAACAUUUCAAAUAUCCAAAGGGGUUAUUGUUUGCGAAAUCAAUCCUGCUGUCUAUUAUAAUAUAGAACCUGGGGCUUCCUUUGGAGAAAGUGUUCAAGUUGGUUGAGCGAGUCAACUUUGCCACCCGUCAGACCUACAAUGUGAUUGUAGUUGGAACAGUUGAGGAUAUUGUUUCUGCAAAAGGAUGGAUAGCGAUAAACAGAGGCUCGAUUGCAGAGAUUGGGUACAUUUCCAGGAGCAAUGUCAAAAGUUCAGGUGUGUAUGGAAAUAGCUUAUUUGAAAACAUCAUUGAUAAUAUUUGAAAAUCGCUUAUUUGGAGAGCACCGCUUGAUCAAUCCAACUUUGCAGUAAUCACCUGAUAAACACUUUCUUGUCCUUGAUGCCACCCUCGAUUAAUAGGGAGCUUUAGCAGCGACUACGAGUACGAGAUUCGCCAAGCGAAACGCAUCCUGUAUGCUUACGCCAUCCUGUAUACUGACGCGAAGUUGUAGCCGUCACCCAUCUGAGUACGAAAUUGUGGAGAAAUCUCAUAGUCCUCACCACAACUUUUCAAAAAAAACAAAGAAACUUGGCGUUUUUUGUUUUUCAAAAAUAAUUUGUUGCGUUUAUCCGGCGCAAAUAAUCUAUUAGUAUUAAAAUCUGGCUUGUUUUUAAUAUUAUGGCGUAUUUGCACAUUUUGUAGGGAAUUUUGACCUGCAGGAGACCAAGUUUAUAUGAACUUUUUCUUUCGUUGUUUGUCUACUACUAUAAAAGCAACACUUGGACGGAAACGAGAACGACUACGGUGAUUUCAUCGCACGCAAUCAAAUCUCGCAGUCGUACUCAUACAGUAGCUCCUAAUAAAAAGUUGUAAGACGAUUGAUUCACACUUGAUGAGCCUUCCAGGUCAAAUUUGUAAUUAUGACCUGCCGAUACUUUCAUUACUGAAAGAGUAUAAUCUAAUAUGUUUGCUCGAUUUCAGGAGAUCUGAGAAUGAUAGAAUCUAUCGACAGUUCCUUCAUGGUGUACCAUGCAGCUGUUGGUGACCGAUUGUCACCAGAGCAUGUGAACUUCACAAAAGAAAAAUGUCCGUCCAACCUUGUUGAAGUACCUGACACUCACGUGAAUAAGCAAUAUUCCUUGUUGAAAAGAUUGAUAGAAAUGUUCAGUCGACAAGAUGACUGGAUAUUAGAUAUUAAUUCAGCACAAGGUACAGUAUAUACAGCAAUGAGACCUACAGUGUAUGUAGUUUUUUCUGCAUCUUACUCGACUGAAAUUAAUGCAUAUAUGGUUUUUUAGAAUAAUUCUCAGACAAUGACAUUGCCACUGAAUUAAAAUGAUAAAAUCAUAUACCCAGUCACACCUGUGUUUCUAUUUCAGCUACUGGAGUUGUUGCUGCGCUGAAAAGCAAGAGGAACGGUUUGUGUUUGGUUUCAUCUGAUGAUGAAGAAUUUAUGUGCAAACGGAAACUGAGUGAAUUAAUGAGGGAUAAGUAG